UCCUACUUUACAGCAAUGGGAGGAGCUCCUUCAGCACUCUUGGAGCAGCCAUGGAGGGAGGUGUCAGAGAAGUACAAGGACAAUCUUAAGUUUGUGAAAUCUUACCAACCUGAAAACAAACAGGUCAAACAUCUCAGGAUUCUGCUUCAUGGACCAGUUGGUGCUGGAAAGUCGAGCUUCAUCAACUCUGUCGACAGCGUUUUAAAAUGCAGAUCUGCCGGUCGAGCUUUGACAAAUGCAAACUCUGGGAGCAGCUUCACCAGAAAGUACCGGACCUUCAAAUUUCACAAAAAUCAAGAGUCCACUUACUCUUUUGUUUUCAAUGACAUCAUGGGCUUUGAGCAUGAUUCUGACAGAGGAGUCCCUGUGGAAGACGUCAAACUGGCCCUGAGAGGACACGUGAAAGAAGGUUACAAGUUCAACCCUGAAAAAGAACUGAAGGAGGGUGUUGAUGGCUACAACUCUGAUCCCACUUUGGAAGACAAAGUUCACGUUCUGGUGUGUGUUGUUCCUGCGGACACAGUGUCUAGGUUAAGUGAUGAGAUGGUGGAGAAGAUGAGAGAGGUCAGACUGGCAGCCAGUGAACUGGGAAUUCCCCAAGUGGCUAUUCUCACCAGAGUUGAUGAAGCCUGUCCCGAGGUUAAAAAGGACACAAAAAAUAUCUAUAAGAGCAAGAACCUGAAGGAAAAGGUUGAAAAAUUCCACCAGCGGCUGGGCAUUCCAAUGAACUGCAUCUUCCUUGUGAAGAACUACAAUCAGGAAAUUGAAUCAAAUGACAAAAUUAACGCUGCAAUAGUGUGUGUACUGAAACAGAUGCUUUACUUUGGAGAAGACUUCCUGGAAAAAUGAAAACUUCUGAGGCAAAAACACAGUAGGCGAUUUGUAGGGGAAUGAGGAAAUAUUCAGCCAAUGUUUUCUGUCUUUGUCAAGCAGGCAAGAUUCAACAUAAACCCCCUGCAUGUAAAAAUUAACAAAUCCCCGACUGCAAAUAGACGAUUGAAGCAUAAAUCAUGGUUUGCAUAAAAAUUUAAAAUAAUGCACCCUGAACUCUGCAUGCGAAAGUACAGCCAUAUAAAUAAAAAAAGUUAUUGUGAAAUAAAUAAUCACAUGAAUAAAUACACAACAUGUUCAGUUACAGUAAAGUUUUACAGUUACAGUGGGAACUUUGGGUUUCUCUAUAGUUUCUAAGGUCUUGAUCUUUCUUUAUAAUCUAUAAUUGCUUACUUAUGAUUUGAUGCUAUAGACAAAUAAAAUCAAAUUGAAGUUACAGUAUAUAUGUAGUAGUACAUAUACAUUACAGUAUAUGUGCUUUGAAGGGUAAAAUAAUCCUGCAGUUUUUUGUCUUGAGAUAAUCUUACUGUUACAAUGAACAAGUUCAUUUCAGGUCAUUUUUAUUCAUUUCCAUCAAAAUCUUGUUUAUUAAAAAUCUGUUACAAUGUUACUCAACAUCAACUGUUUCAUUCCUUAAUGCUGCCUCCUAACCACAAAGGAUUUGUUGAUCAAUGAAGUUGGAACAAAUUAACUAUUAAUCAAGACAUUUCCAGGUAAUAAAUGAGGUGCUACUGUCUUUGUAUCAUUUCUCUCGUUGAGACUUUGCACAAUAGCAGGACAAUGCUCUGUCAUUACGUCGUUAGCUUGGUGUGACGUCAUCACGUGAUCUGGUCAACAACUCAGCUGUUGUGAUGGUGCCUUCACGUGCCGCCGGAAAGGAGUGAUUCAAAAGCUCUCGUCUUUAUUGUUGACUCCCAGUAUUUAAUACAUCACCUGCUCUAACAAAUGAAUUCUGCAUUCCUUGCUUGGUCUGUGCUUCAUUUUGUUUAUGUAAAAAACCCCACAAAAAAUCCGACAAACAAAUGAUUUUGCUAAAGAGACGAACAGACAAAUAUUAUAUAUUAUGUAUAAUAUAAUCAUCUCAAUCCUGCGCUUUACCUCUCUGGGGACACUUUGUAUUCUUUUUCAGUUUGACCAAUAUUGUGAUGUACUGUUAUUUGAUGUUCUUGCAAUACACGUUGAUUAAUCAUAUUGUUAUUGUUGGCUUUGUAUCAUGUAUCAUUGAGUUCCUGGUUGUGGGAAGUAAUGAAGUACAAAUAUAAAAAUUAUACUCUGUGCAAAAAACAAUAAAAAUCUUUGCUGUUCA